UUUUUUUUUUUUUUUGGGAGCGACACUUCCGCCCCACCCGCCCACUUCUUCCGCCAUUCUGUGCCGGCUGAACCCGGCAAACAGGAAAUACGCCCAUUGCCGCUGAUACUUCCGUCGUCGUCGUCGUCGUCUGACUGGCUGUCAAUAGAAACGGUUGCUCCUGGGCCUACUGGUCACAAGAUGGCGGCAUGACUCGUAACGUCACCAGCGGUACGGUAAACGGAAGGGCGCAUCCACAGGUGUAGCACUGAAGUAGAACAGCCGGACACACCACACACCAGUCGCUGUUCGACGCGACGCUGACAAUCAAGGAUUGAUGGUCGGCAGCGGCCACCGCUGUGACAGAAACUGGCGGACACCCAGCCAACAACAGAACAACAGAACAGGCUCAAGCCAGGAGGAGCAAGCGUUGUUUCCAGCGAGGCACAAGUGUGCCAAACCGAGCACGGUCGAGCGAUGAGCGGAAGGAGCUAGUGUCGCUAGGAUCGAGCAGCAGCAGCAGCAGCAGCAGCAAGGAGCAGCGAGAAAGGGGGUGCGUGGCGCGCAACGCGCACUCACUUAGCAAAACGGGGAUCGAGCGCGCGCGACAGUGAACGAGUGAAAGUGAAAGAGUGUGAAAGAGUGAGACGAGCACGAGCAGCAACAAUAACAACGGAAAAGGAAAAGGAAAAGAAAAAGAAACGAAGAAAAGAAGAAAAAAAAGAAAAAAAUAACCAAAACACACACACACAGUAGCGCGCAAUGGUUCGACCGCACGCAACGUCCCCGUCCCGUGCGCUGCUCGCCGUCCUGCUGGCGGUGCUGCUUUGCCACCCGGUGCCACCGCUGGUCGAGUCGAAGAGCUACAAAAGCUCGUCGGUGGGGCGCACCGGUUCCGGCAUCAGCCUCGGGGGGAACCGGGCCGCCGAGAAGGAGGCGGCGGCGGCGGCUGCGGCGGCUGCGGCGGCGGCUGCAGCGGCAGCAGCAGCGGCAGCGAACCAGCAGGCGACCGUCGUCAACCAGCAGGCAGCAGGCAACGCGGGAGGAACCACCGGUACGGGCGGGAACAGUAGCGGGAGUGGCCACGGGGGCCAAUCCAGUGGACUCGGUCGCGGUCUCCACACAGCCACCGGUGGUGGCCGCUUCUCCGGCCCCGGUAGUAGUGCCAGCGGUGGUGGUGGUGGUGGUGGUGGAAGCGGUGGUGGUGGCACCGGAACCAGCCACACCGGACACCUGAACACGCUGGGUGGGGGCCGCGGGGGUUCACCGGCCGAACACCAGCUUAACAUUGGGCUGCUGGUGCCGCACACCAACUUCGGUCGGCGCGAGUACCUACGCUCGAUCAACUCGGCGGUGCAGGGGCUGCAGAAGGGGCGCGGCUCCAAGCUCACCUUCCUGAAGGACCACGAGUUCCAGACGUCCAACAUCCAUUUCGACAUGAUGUCGUUAACGCCCAGCCCCACAGCCAUCCUGAACACGCUGUGCAAGGAGUUCCUGCACGUGAACGUAACUGCCAUCCUGUACAUGAUGAACUACGAGUCGUACGGGCGGAGUACCGCCUCGGCCCAAUACUUUCUGCAGCUCGCCGGCUACCUCGGCAUCCCGGUGAUCUCGUGGAAUGCCGACAACUCGGGCCUCGAACGGAGGGCGUCCCAGUCGGCGCUGCAGCUACAGCUCGCGCCCAGCAUCGAACACCAGAGCGCCGCCAUGCUCAGUAUACUGGAGCGCUACAAAUGGCACCAGUUCUCGGUCGUGACCUCACAGAUCGCCGGCCACGAUGACUUCGUGCAGGCAGUUCGGGAGCAGGUGGCCGCCAUGGAUCACUUCAAGUUUACCAUCCUGAACUCAAUCAUCGUGACGCGCCCGAGCGAUCUGCUGGAGCUGGUCAACAGCGAAGCCCGCGUAAUGCUGCUGUACUGCACCAAGAGCGAAGCGAUCGAGAUACUGCACGCGGCCGAAGAGCUCCAGAUUACGGGCGAAAACUACGUGUGGGUGGUGACGCAGAGUGUGAUCGAGAACACCCAGACGCACCCCCAGUUCCCGGUCGGUAUGCUCGGCGUGCACUUCGACACGUCGUCCGGCGCGCUGGUGAACGAAAUCGCCACCGCCAUCCGGGUGUACGCGUACGGUGUCGAGUACUACCUGAACGAUGCGCGGAAUACGGGCCGCCGGCUCGAUACGCACCAGCUGUCGUGCGAGGAUCAGGGCAGGGGGCGGUGGGACAGUGGCGAGGUGUUCUUCAAGUAUCUGCGCAACGUGUCGCUGGAGAGUGAGUCGAACAAACCGAACGUCGAGUUUACCGCCGACGGUGACCUGAAGUCGGCCGAGCUGAAAAUCAUGAACCUACGGCCGAGCGUCAACAGCAAGGGGCUGGUGUGGGAGGAGAUCGGUGUGUGGAAGUCGUGGCAGCAGCAGAAGCUGGACAUCCGCGACAUUGCGUGGCCGGGCAACUCGCACACACCGCCGCAGGGGGUGCCGGAGAAGUUUCACCUGAAGAUCACGUUCCUGGAGGAGGCACCGUACAUUAACCUGUCGCCGGCCGAUCCGAUCAGCGGCAAGUGCCUGAUGGACCGGGGCGUCCUGUGCCGGGUGGCGGCCGACCACGAGAUGACGGACAUCGAUAUGGGGCAGGCGCACAAGAACGGUUCGUUCUACCAGUGCUGCAGUGGGUUCUGUAUCGAUCUGCUCGAGAAGUUCGCCGAGGAGCUCGGCUUCACGUACGAGCUGGUCCGGGUGGAGGACGGCAAGUGGGGCACGCUGGAGAAUGGCAAGUGGAACGGGCUGAUCCACGAGCUGGUCAACCGGAAGACGGACAUGGUGCUGACGUCGCUGAUGAUCAACGCGGAACGGGAAGCGGUGGUCGACUUUAGUGAACCGUUCAUGGAAACCGGCAUUGCGAUCGUGGUAGCGAAGCGGACCGGUAUCAUCUCACCGACGGCCUUCCUCGAACCGUUCGAUACCGCGUCGUGGAUGUUGGUGGGCAUCUUUGCGAUCCAGGCGGCCACCUUUAUGAUCUUCCUGUUCGAGUGGCUGUCACCGAGCGGGUACGACAUGAAAACGGUCCUGCAGAACGGCCAGUCGACACCGUACCGGUUCUCGCUGUUCCGCACGUACUGGCUGGUGUGGGCCGUCCUCUUCCAGGCGGCCGUGCACGUCGAUUCACCGCGCGGCUUCACGUCCCGCUUCAUGACGAACGUGUGGGCCAUGUUUGCGGUCGUGUUCCUGGCCAUCUACACCGCUAACCUGGCCGCGUUCAUGAUCACACGGGAGGAGUUCCACGAGUUUACCGGGCUGGACGAUUCCCGCCUUUCCCACCCGUUCUCGCACAAACCGACGAUCAAGUUCGGUACGAUCCCGUGGAGCCACACCGAUUCAACCAUCUCGAAGUACUUCAAGGAGAUGCACUACUACAUGAAGCAGUACAACCGGUCGAGCGUGGCGGACGGUGUGACGGCGGUGCUCAGCGGCCAGCUCGACGCGUUCAUCUACGACGGCACGGUGCUCGACUAUCUGGUGCAGCAGGACGAGGACUGCCGGCUGCUGACGGUCGGCCAGUGGUACGCGAUGACCGGUUACGGGCUCGCGUUCAGCCGCAACUCCAAGUACGUCGGCAUGUUCAACAAGCGGUUGCUCGAGUUCCGGGCGAACGGGGAUCUGGAGCGGUUGCGCCGCUUCUGGAUGACCGGGACGUGCCGGCCCGGCAAGCAGGAACACAAAUCGUCCGAUCCGCUCGCCCUCGAACAGUUCCUGUCGGCGUUUUUGCUGCUGAUGGCGGGCAUCCUGCUCGCCGCGCUCUUGCUGCUCCUCGAGCACCUCUACUUCAAGUACUUCCGGAAGCGGCUGGCGAAGAAGGACCGGGGCGGUUGCUGUGCCCUCAUCUCGCUCAGCAUGGGCAAAUCGCUAACGUUCCGCGGUGCGGUGUACGAAGCGACGGAGAUACUGCGCCGGCACCGGUGCACCGAUCCGAUCUGCGAUACGCACCUGUGGAAGGUGAAGCACGAGCUCGACAUGUCCCGGUUGCGCAACACCCAGCUCGAGAAGGCGAUGCACGCCCACGGCAUCAAACCGCCCCAGCUCAAGAUGGCGUCGACCGGGGAUAUCAUCGGUCUCACCGGUACCGUCGGGCCGGGUACGGGGCGGGGCGGUGGCGGGGCACUCGUUGGACCACGGUCCCAUCCCCAGCUACUCGGGAACCUUAGCCUCGGUGGGAGCGCCCAGGAUCUGUACCGGUGGUCCUACAAAACGGAGAUCGCCGAGAUGGAAACGGUACUGUAAGGUGACGCGACGCGACUGCGGCACGGCCCCUUCACGUCACGCGUCCAGCACCACCACACUGCCCCUGCCUCUGCCCUCGCUGUCGCUCCCAUGGAUUCCACCUCGUGCGGGAGCUGUACCCUUGGAGUACACGCCCGGGACGCCCGGGGAACAACCAAGCGUCGAAGUGGAAGACGAAGACAGCCCC